CAACAGGCUUUUGAGACAGCUGUGAAGAGCUAUGGCGGCAGACAACCACGUUCACGAGGAUGAGAGUAAUGAUGCAGUUACGCCCCUUGGUGCUCCUUCUUCAUCUGUCCCUUCUAGUCUCCUGGACUUGCCGCUCCAUCACAUGCUACGCACGCUUCAGCUCCAGCAUGGCCUGCGUCAUGGAGACUAUCAACGCUACCGACAUUACCUAAAUCGCCGCCUUGCUCGUCUUCGGAAGGGGGUCAACGCAACUCACAGGGGUGGCAAGGCUUUUGAAUCCAAGAAUGUUCACAGCUUGGCCUAUUUGGAAGGCGAUCCAUCCGCUUUGAAAAAGGAGCAUCUGCUGCUUGUUCUCCUCAACGCUGAGCGUGCCUGGGCCUUUGCCAUGCACCUGCAACAAGACGCAGCAGGCAAUCAACACAUGCCCAGCUACGUCCGAUCACAUCUCUUACGUCGUCUUCGCCGGGCGGGUGUGUGGGCGGCGCGAUUAUUAGGGUUAGUAGAGGACGCCAGCGAUCAGGUCACGGAGCGCACAUCUCUGGAAGUGCAGGCAUACGCAGGGUGGAUGGGGGCCGCGGUCGAUGUGGAGCAGGAAGAGUGGGGCCACGCUUUAGUGAAGCUACGCACCGCACACUCUAUUCUCAGCCAGUUGGGCGAGCUGGGUUCGUUGGAGGAGCAAGACUUGUUUUUAAGCAAGGCAGACGAGGUUCUCCAGUCGGCACGCUACUGUCAGUACAAUUUGGGGGAGGGCUCUUUCGAAGACUUAAAUCUAGAUGUGGAUACGAAUGGAGCGACAAAAAAUAUUCCCGAGGCACUGGUGGAGAAGCUGAAUGCAGUCAAGGAGGCUUCGCGGGCUGCGGCAGCCACGGGCUUGGAGACGGUUGAGUGGGGGGGACGGCAGCUGCACGUCUCAAGCAAGGAGGUUAGGCUCGCCUUGAUCAAGCUGGAAGAGGCUCGCACCGCUUUGGACUCGUGGCUGAGAUCGAUGGCGGGUGCCAAGGUAAAGCAGGGCGUUGGGGGGGGGGUGAGGGAAGAGCCCUACGCCGCUGUCUUAGCGGCAUAUGGCGAUGCUCUACAGCGGGUGGGCGAAGAGGUGAGCAAACUCCAAAACAUGAACUCGGGAUCACGUGUCGAGGCACAGAAGGACAAUCUCCGGCUUUUGAUGAGUUAUCUCAAGCACGGGAAGCUCGAGACGAUGCGAGUACGCAGCGAGGAGUUGAUUCAGGCCAUUCUGUGUGGGGGGGACAGGUCAGGCAAGCGGGGCAGGCCCGAGGACCUGGUGCAUAUCCUGGAGGGACUCAUGCAGACAACGGCCGAAAUGGAAGGUCUUCCAGGAAUAGAGGAUCUAGAAUCUGUCUUGACGCGCGCGCAGACGCUGCAGGCGCUCUAUCGAGUGCAGAGGCUCUUUUAUCUGGGCGAGUUUCACGCAACCAACUCGCGCGGGAAGGGGCACUUGGCCGCCAUGGCCUUAUUUGAGCAAGCAGAAGAGCUUGGGAGGGAGGUAGAAGUUCUGGCGCAGGAGAUGGUGGCGGAAGAGGGAUCGUCUGAGAAAGAGGAGUUGCUUGAGCGGGCCGGAAUAGUUGUAAAUAUGGCGCGAGGUGGGUGGUACCGUGCUCGUACCUCGAAAUUUAUGGCAUCCUUGCCUCUAUCGACAGAUGGCGCAGCUGUUGAGGACAAAGAGACGGCUUUUGUGGCCUCGGUUUUGAUGCUUUCCGUGUCAGCGCAGGCAAAUCAGACAACAGGGUUGCCAAGUACACUCGAGAGGAAUAAGGGCAGGAAAGAGGCACAGGAAUGUCGUCGAGAAAAGGGAAAGAACGGAGAAAACCGGAAACAGAUAAAUGAAGAUGUAAGAGUUUCACAGGCGCAGCAGGCAUUCCGGAUGCUGUUGGACCGCCUCGGAGAUUUGGACGCAGGGAUGGAGUCGAGUGACUUUAGUAUCUCUCAUAUGCCCCCAGUGAUAGCACCUGUGCGGGCCAAACCGCAGGUUUUCGACAUAGCCUUCAAUUUUUUGGAGGAGCGUUUGCCGAGUAUGGCAGCAAGUGCAGGGGUUUCCCAGACGUCAACUCGGGGAGCGGGGAGUGGUAGCAAGCGAGAUUUUUUUGGAUGGUUAAGAGGCUAAUAUUCGUCAAAAGAAAUCAAAUGUGAUCAUGUGUCA